AUGGCUUCUUCCUCGUCGGUUGAAGAGUAUUACAUGAAAGCCUCAAAUGCUAUUCGUUGUGCCCUAAGUUUUGAAGAGAAUGAGAAUUUAAAGACCCUGUACGAAAUGUUGAAUACUACGUAUGAAUGCAAAAUCGCUCAGUUGAGGGGAGUGGUGAACCAGGAGGCAUCAACCGAAGAAAACAUGUCCGCUCUUGAACAUGAUAGUACUGGAAGAAAAAAGUCUACAGGUCAUCAUGGUAAGAAAAGAUCAAGCACAGAAACCAUUCAAGAAAUAGAGAAUCAUGACGAGGAUCAAGAUGAGGAUACGGAUGGCUCUUCCUCCUACUCGUUGGAUGUUUCUCGAACAAUAAGCCAUGAUGAAAAGUCGCUAAUUGGAGAUUUUGAACGUUGCUCAAAGAAAAGAAAGGAAUCAGCCAGUGAAAAUUCAGAGAUUGAAUCAUUUAUCAUUAAUAACGGAAAUCAAGCCCAUGAGGAAUGUGAAUGGGAAAAAGUUGUGGGUUUGGAACAUGUUCUGCAAUGUUUGAGAGAGGCAACCAUUCUACCUCAACGAUUUCCUCAAUUGUUCUCUGGAGAGAGAAGGCCGUGGAGAGCCGUUUUAUUGUAUGGUCCGCCUGGAACAGGAAAGACAAUGCUUGCGUCGACCUUGGCCAAAGAAUCACUCGCAACCUUUUUCAGCGUUUCUAGUGCUGACAUUCUCUCGAAAUGGGUUGGACAAAGUGAAAGAAAAAUCAAACAAUUGUUCGAUUAUGCAUCAAAAAGAAAACCAUCUGUAAUUUUCAUUGACGAAGUCGACAGUUUAUGUUCAGUACGAAACGACAAUGAAAGUGAAACCUCACGAAGAAUCAAAACAGAAUUCUUGGUUCAAAUGCAAGGUGUCUCAUCGAAAAACGGUGUCACUGUCGUUGGUGCAACUAACUUACCAUGGGAGAUUGAUAUCGCUAUUCGAAGACGAUUCGAGAAACGAAUCUAUGUACCGCUCCCUGACAAAAAAGCAAGAAAAGAGAUUAUUGUAAAGCAUAUCGGCAAAACUCCAAAUAGCCUUUCAGAGGAACAUAUCGAUGUGAUUGCCUCAAAAACUGAAGGUUAUUCAGGGUCAGAUAUUUCUGUACUGAUUCGUCAAGCGUUACUUGAACCAAUUAGAAAGUGUCAACAAGCUACUCACUUUCGAAAAGUGAAUGGAUUUUCACCUAUUACCUCCCAAUACUGUGAAGAUCUUUUGGAACCUACUCAUGAACAAGAUGAUCUGGCGCUGCAAAUUUCAUUGUACGAUAUUGAUUCGGAAAAGCUGCUUCCUCCACUUGUCACCAUGCAAGAUUUUGAGUUUUCAUUAAGCACCAUCAAACCAACACUCACUCCAGAAGAUCUUGAAAAGUACGAGCAAUUCUCCAAGAUGUUUUAA